AUGGGUGACCUAGACGGUGGUGCCAGCUACUACGAGGGAGAGUUCAAGCUUUUUCUGCGCAGCGGGCAUGGCACCCUGGAGAACACAGAGACGGGGGACAAGUACGUGGGCCAGUUCCUGGCGGAUCGGUGUCACGGCAGCGGCAAGCACACCUGGCCUGAUGGGAGUUUCUAUGACGGCGAGUGGCAGAGCGGCCGCAAGCAUGGCCAGGGCGUCUACGUCAGCCCAGAGCAGCUCAAAUACGAAGGAGCUUGGCACGACGGCAAGCGUCAUGGCAGGGGCGUUCAGGACUAUGCCAACGGCGACACCUACAACGGCUGGUGGUACAACGGCCAAUGCAGCGGUCUGGGGAUUUACUUCUUCGCGGACGGCGCCCAGUACCACGGUGCUUGGAACUUGGGGAAGUAUGAGCCUUGGAAGGCAAUCGUGUUUUUUUUGGGUGGGUGGGUGGGUUGCAUGGAGUGCUUCACGGUCGCGCUGCCAGUUGCAGGACAUUCUGUCGGUGAUUUUGUUCCACGCGGCAAGGCUCCCAGCAAGGAGUGGGCAGGAGGAAGCCACGGAGCAUCAACCGCGGCGCAACCAGACCUCUGA